CUCAGUGUGCGGCAUGUGACUUGUUUUCCCCAUGUCCUAAAUCUUGUUGUGAAAACAUCCCUUUCUCAAACCCCAGAACUGGAAGAGAUCCGCACUCGGGCACGCCGAAUUGUGGGUCAUUUUAAAUCCAGCACCAAAGCCAAGGAGAAGCUGUCGGAAAUGCAGGUCAAUAUGGGAAGAAAAGAACUGAAAAUGAUCCAGGAGGUGGACACCAGGUGGAACAGUGUUUUUGCCAUGCUGGAAAGACUCUACAAUAUCAGAGAACCACUUGGUGCAGCUCUCACCACUUUGAGCACAGACUUGAGUCCCAUCACUGCUGAGGACUAUGAGACAAUCUGACAGUGCCUUGCCGUUUUAAAACCAUUCCAUCAAGCCACUGUGGAGUUGUCAGAAGAGAGAAGGGUGUCUGGAUCCAAAGUGAUCCCACUAAUCAAAAUGCUGAAGCACACUGUAGUGGGACAGUGUGCCCAGAUAAGGCACAACGUUGGUGCCAAACUUGCUACGAAUUUGAAACACAAUUUGCUGGACAAGUUCGCUCUCCUGGAGAAGAUAUCGACACUGUCUGUGGCAACACUACUGGAUCCCAGAUUCAAAGCAGCGGGGUUCUGCAGUGCCACUUGUGCACAGGGUGCCACUGUGAGGCUGACCAGGGAAUGUGCCCACUUCUUUGAGGCCGAUGUCUCAGAAGGUUCUGCUCCACAGGAGUCAGCAGUGACACCGGGUACCUCGGCUCAAGAAGCUGAGGACAACCUUUGGGCCCUGCUGGACUGCGAAGUAGGAUCACAGCAGGUGACCAACCCAACUGCCAGUGCCACUGUGGAGGUUCAAGGUUAUUUGAAAGAACCAAAUGUGGCCAAGACGGAGGACCCUCUGGACUACUGGGUCACACGCAAGGCCCUUUACCCUCAGUUAUUUAAAGUGGCCAUGCCAUGCAGUUUCUGUGCACACCAGCAUCCUCAGUGCCUUGUGAGAGGAUCUUACAUUUACAUUUAG